CUAACCACAAAGGGGUCGGGCUUGGGCUGGUCGAUGGUGGGGCGAUCGUAUGUGCAGUGGGAGUUAGAAUUUGGAGAGCACCAUCCGAUCAACAGCCCGAAAUUUGCAACUUUUGGCAAUGGACGAUAUGUUUUCAUACUUGGUAACAAAAAGACUACUAGAGAUGAACAGAUACAUUAUUCUACUUUCGAAUUGGAAUGCAUUGAUAUCUUUCUCAGUGUAAAAACUCGUUAUCUGAUAGAAGGAUUACAGGAUAUCGGGUUUGUUUUGGGAUUUUAUGCGAUUUCACCGACUUCUUUUAUGCUCAUUGAUUACUCAGAACUGAAUGCCAAUGUGAAGCAGACUGGAAUCAUUCUGGACCAGAAUUCCUUCAGAGGAGGGCACUAUAUUGAACGAACAUAUUGCGUGGCAACAAGUGUGGCGUUCUUUUUUGUGCACUGCGUAGUUGGUCAAGAGGAAUGUGUCAUUUUUGCGCCACCCAACUCUCGUAGGCACAUAACCAGACCAGAGACAACAUUCUGCUGUCAUCUAAUCCCAAAACUGCCUUGGUCGAAGAAAUCCGAUCGCAACUGCUCUGCUCUUAUUCAAGGAGUAAAUACCCAAGUAUUCUCACAACAUGGUGCUGCGCUUUCUCGUUGGGAAUCACCGCAAUUCAUCAGUAUCAACGAGUUGGCAUUCUUCCUUGAUCGAGGGCAGGGUAUUUGCCCCGACCCCUUUACCAUCGCUGUAGUUGACAUCAGUACUGGACACUGGCGAGUGAUUACGUGCAGCGCAGACAAAACCACCGGUUUCCCACGUGAUCAGCAUGAACAACUCCCAAUAGACAGUACUGCACUACAUAGUGUCAGCGGACAGAUAUCCUUACUAACAACAUAUGGGCGCCCAGCCGACAGUUACUAUGCCCAUUUUGCUCGAUUGCUACAACGAUGGAGUCGUCACGUUUGGAGAGCCUUUUAUUAUACGGCUGAUAAUUUCUCAUGGAUUGCACCUAUGUUUCUACACCUUGCCCUUGCAAUGACUACCAUGAGAGGGCGCUUAAUGUAUAACCCAGCGGCUAAAGUUGGAGUGCUAGACACUAGCACUUGGCAGUGGAUCGAAGUUCACAACGUUAAUGACUACUAUUUCACCGAUAUAGUGAUGUUUGACAACGGAGAAACUUUGAUACAUCAAACGGAUAGGAACUGGAAAUUCGAACAUUACGACGUAGUACGGAACCCGUUCACUGUUCCCAGUCUGAUAUCAACCGCUGAGCUGAAGUCAAGGCCUAAAACCUACAACGAGGAACGUGAACAGAUUGUGAAAAGGAUGCGCUGGCCUUUCUACUGACCACCAUAUUAGAUUGUAUUCGAAAAACAAAAAUUAAAGAGAU